AGUUGUAGUCCAGUUCUUUCCAGUGCAGGCUCUUGUUCAGUUGCUCAGUUACAUCGAUGGCAUCUAAUUUCACGUUGGCUUCCAAACAGCCGGAAGAUGACAAUGACUCACUCACAGAACUGAUCUGAACAUACCUCAGACCGCCUUAGAGAAAUGGGUCUGCUUUCAGAAGAUGUGCUCUAAUGCGGGCCUGGAACAGGGACAAUCAUGUCAUCAGAACUUUGUAAAACAAUAUCUGAGGCAAAGCUGGAAAGGCACAAGAACUUGUUCUUAAAUUACCGAAAUCUGCAUCACUUUCCUUUGGAAUUAUUGAAAGAUGAGGGUUUGCAAUACCUGGAGAGACUCUAUAUGAAAAGAAACUCCUUGACCACCUUGCCAGAAAACCUCGCACAGAAGCUUCCAAACCUCGUGGAACUGUACCUUCAUUCGAAUAACAUAGUUGUUGUACCUGAAGCCAUUGGCUCCCUGGUUAAGCUGCAGUUCCUGGACUUAAGUGACAACGCUCUGGAAAUCGUAUGCCCUGAGAUUGGCCGUCUGAGAUCCUUACGUCACCUUCGAUUGGCUAACAACCAGCUGAAAUACUUACCGGCAGAAGUUGGAGACCUGAGAGAGCUGCAGACACUGGACAUUUCGACCAACCGCUUGAUAACUUUGCCAGAGAGGCUACACAUGUGUCUUUCGCUGCAGUACUUGACCGCAGACCGGAAUCACCUGUGGUGUGUACCCCGCCACCUCUGCCAGCUCCCCAGCCUCAACGAGCUGUCUAUGGCUGGAAACCGCCUUGCCUUUUUGCCACUUGAUUUAGGUCGUUCACGGGAGCUGCAAUAUGUUUAUGUGGAUAACAACAUUCACCUGAAAGGGCUCCCUUCUUAUCUGUAUAAUAAAGUCAUUGGCUGUAAUGGCUGUGGUUCCCCUAUUAAGGUUUCAGAAGUGAAGCUGCUCUCCUUUUCAUCAGGGCAAUUAACUGUGUUCCUCCCAGCAGAGGUGAAGUCUAUAGGGACAGAGACAGAUCAUGUGCUGCCUUUGCAAGAGCUGGCCAUGAGGAUUCUGUAUAACACCUACUACGGGUUUUUAAAAGAUUUCAACUUCCUGACGCCAAUCUCAUUACCAAAAAGUCUCUUGGAAUUGCUGCACUGCCCUCUGGGACACUGUCACCGCUGCAGCCAGCCCAUGUUUACUAUUGUCUACCCAAAGCUCUUUCCCUUGAGAGAAACUCCAAUGGCGGGGCUGCACCGGGGGAGGACAACUGUUAGUUUUGUGGCAUACUGCUGCUCCACCCAGUGUCUCCAGACUUUUGACCUACUGAGUUGAUAAACACUUAAAGCUACUCAGCAGUGUUGCCAGCUUAAAGCUGCAUUAGACAGCACAUCCCAUUGGUACUGGAAUACUGUAUGUGUGCGUGUGUGCCAAAGCAGCAGAAGUGCCCAGUCAGGGACACAGAGGAGCAUUUAAAUCCUGCCCUAUCAAAUUUGUACAAACAGCAGAAACUUUUUGGAAAUGUAACGAUCAAGCUUUUGCAAGGAUUAACGCCUUCCCUUUCCUCCGAGGCGCAACAGAAACCAAAAGGAUUCCAAGGAGCCCCACCUGCCGUACUGUUUUUAGGGGCUUUUCAUGUGACUUGACGUACUGCAAUGCAUCACAUCAUCAGAACCAGUUUUAGUUGCUUUAAUAAUAUUAAGCUGACCUGUACUUUAAAACACACUGACAAACAAAAAACAAAAUCUUCUGUUGUGACCAUCCAGUUUUUGCUGAUUUAUCUGUAAUUUCCUCUGAGUACAGUUGGAUUCAUGCAUAUGCAUCCACACACCCUCAGCACCCAUCAGUCAUCCCAUAAGCCAUUUUUUCCCAUCUCUUCCUCCAGUCAAAAUAGUUUUCCCCAUAAAAGUGCUAUCACGACUAUAGAUUUGAGCCUGUGACAACAGACUGAGGUGUUUAAUUCUGUGUGCUAAGAACACCUUGUUCUUUCAAGAGUUACUCCAAGAUACUGAGCCUCCGUUGAGGCAUAGGUGGGGAGCAUUGAGAGCCUGCAGCUGAUGUGACCUGCUUCACAUACUCUCUGAGCAGGUGCUCCAGCAGGUUCGAGGAGAUGCUUUGCUUGUAACACUUCGGUUUUUUAAAUGCAGCACAUCUUGUGCUCUUUUUGAGGAAAAACACUUAAAAUUCAUGUUUUAUUAGACAAAAAUAUGAGGAUACAUAUUGAUUUAUUGUGGACUGAUGAAAAUCCUAGAGCACUGUGACUUGUAGAUAGCUGGUUCCUUUAUCUUGGGGUUCACAGUUUGGCUGGUUUCAAAU